UAUUUGGCACUCUUUACCCUGCAUAUUAUUCUUACAAAGCCGUGAAAUCCAAGGACAUCAAAGAAUAUGUCAAAUGGAUGAUGUACUGGAUUAUAUUUGCACUCUUCACAACAGCAGAGACGUUCACAGAUAUCUUUCUUUGCUGGUUUCCAUUUUACUAUGAACUCAAAAUAGCUUUUGUAGCUUGGCUGCUCUCUCCAUACACAAAAGGUUCCAGCCUCCUGUAUAGAAAAUUUGUUCACCCAACACUAUCUUCAAAAGAAAAGGAGAUUGACGACUGCCUGGUCCAGGCGAAGGAUCGGAGCUACGAUGCCCUCGUGCACUUUGGGAAGCGGGGGCUGAACGUCGCGGCCACGGCCGCCGUCAUGGCAGCCUCCAAGGGACAAGGGGCUCUGUCCGAGAGACUAAGGAGCUUUAGCAUGCAGGACCUCUCGACGAUUCGUGGAGACAGCAGCAGCUCUGUUCCUCCCUCGGUCACUGUCCGAACAAGUAGCAAACAGAGCCAGGCAAAAGCAUCCAGAAGUGCAUCGGAAGGCACUGGCAGCUCAGGCACCGCCUAGGACCCUUAGAUCUCGCUUCAGGAAGAAAAGUACCUCGUCCUCCGCCACUGAAACAAUGUGAGUGCAAUGAGCCAAUAGCACCAAGAUCCACAGAAUGUCUCUCUUCUGCCUUAAAGAGCUACGUGUUAACGAUGUAGAAAGCAGCAGCGGGAUGGAUGUGCUUCGCUGCGCAGCGCUGUAGACAUGGCCUCUCGCCC